CUAAGACUCAGACUCAGUAAAAAAAAGCAGCAACGAAGAAGCGACGGAGCGGCAGCGCUUAAGCCGAGCUCGGAGAUUUUUUUCGUAACAGAAAAGCGACUUUUUAUUCGUUAAUUAACCGUCGAGCGGGCCAGAAGUCCGAGUUCCCCAGCUGUCUCUCGAGUCUACCGAGUCUCCCGAGGAAGGGGCGUGAAAAGCGCUUAACGGAAGUGCAGAAAAAUAAAACCGGGUAGCUAAUUGAGCACACACCUUGGGCAGUGUGACACCUGAGACCCGACCCCCUAGCAAAAAAAAAACAAAUCGAAAUCGCUCCAUAUAACACCAUAACUUUCCUUCGGAAGCCGGGUGUUUUAUGUCUCAAUUUGACGAGCUGCAGUUGUGUUUUAACCACCUAACUAUAACCAUCGUGGCGCGUGUGCUUAAAAAAUCUAAGAAAUAUAAUCGUAAAUCUAUAUAACUCAGGGAACUCUGCUUCCCCCGUGAGUGAUUCGAAAUUUAUGCUAAUCCCUGGUGUCAAACGUUAACAGCAUUUCGCAAUAGAAACAGACAACAUCCACACCCGCAUAACCUAAAACGUGUGUUCACAUAACGAAACCAAUCAGACUUCAGAUCUUAUCAUGUUGUUUUGGAAGAAGCGUCUUCAGCGAUCGAGCAGCUCUUCAAGCAGUGCGAUUCACAUUCAGGAGCGUCGUUUUUUUGGCAUCCUCCGGUCGGCGAAAAGAAAGGACGACGCUGUCACACCUUUACCCACCUAUCGCCAGAAUGGCGGCGAUGUUACUCACAACACCUCUCCCCCACCUGUGGAUGGACUGCCUCUGGGUUACGAAGAAGCCGGAACUUUAGAGCUGCAGGCCCAGGAGAACGACUACGUGCUCGAGGAAUCCGCAUUGAGAGUUCCGCUCUCCCCGCCGCCCAACUACAGUCCUCAUCCUUUGACACCACCGCCCAGCUACACAGAGAGAUCCAGUCAGGUGCAGAGUGCAGAUGCAGUGCAUCCAGCUAGGCCAGCUCGAGUAGUAGUGGUUCCACCACCUCCAGGCGGUGGAACUUUGGCAGCCAGCGAAGUAGCAGCACGUCAGCAGGCAAGGAGAAGACGAAGACUUCGGGAGCUUCAGCAACAGCAGCUGCAAUUCGCCUCCAGCACAGAUAGCUCCAGUAGCUCCGGAUCCAGUUGCUCGGAGUUGGGAAGCGGAGGCAGUGCCACCAGGAGGCAGCGCCGACGCAGGAGGGGAUUGAGGGAUGCCUAUUGUCCGGAUCUCCUGCACGCCUGCUCCCUGAUUCUCCAGACGCCCGGCAGCAGCGAUAGUUCCGUGGGCAACUUCACGGCCACUCCACCGCCACCGCCAACGAGAGCUGCUGGUAACCAGGAAUCCCAGCCCGAGGAGAGCUUCGAGUACAGCUCCGACUAUGUGGAGAUCGACGAGCUGCUACCUUUAGUCGCCGGCGGGCGAGCGAAGAGCACUCCGCAGCUGGCGAUGGGUCAGAACCUGAGCCUCCGCAGGCCUCGCAUCUCAUUGACCUGGGUGCUCCGGGAGCAGCAGCAGACGCAGACGGCUCCACAGUCACAGGCGCCGCCCUCCCCGCAGAAGGAGGUGCCCAAGGAAUCGUUGGAGACCCAGUUGGAUCGCAAGGAUAACGAGGGCUUCUCGGCCAGAACUGAACCUGUGCCCACCCAACUAGAUGUCACCAAGAAGCGCUAUAGGGUUAAGCAACUGCCCAGCAACGGGGAUCCCCUCAAUGGCUAUGCCACCACGCCCACCGCCCACCAGGCUCCUCCGAAUGGCCACCUGGCCAACCAGAAGUUCUUCAGCAACCAGAAUCUGCUGGAUGUCUCGAGGAGCGGACCCACUAGCGGUGCUCCAGUGGCCGCCGCCUCCACCAAAGAGCUGCUCUUCGUCUGCACGCCACAGCGGGCACCGAGGAGCGAUAAUCACAGCGAAGCGCUGAUCCUGGCCAGAAAGAGGAAUGAGAUACGGAAGAAGUUGGCCUCGCGCCUGCAACAGGCGAGAUCCAGUGGCUCGCAGACGGGAGAAGCCAGGGGAUCGGUCACGGGAGCAGAGUCCCUGAAGUGCACCUCCUAUUCGGAGCCCAGUUUGGUGGCGGCCUCCGAGGGAGGAGGAGUAUCCGUAGGAGGAGCAGGAGCUGCCCCCCAGCAGCAGCAGCGUCGUCACAGGCAUCGCAAGCGAAGGGAUCGCAAUCGGGUGCAGAGAUUCGGCUAUGAGAUCCACAAUGUGGAUGAGUUCCUCUCCCGCUGCUCGUUGGCCACCCCAGGCAACAUACCCGUUGUCCUGGCCACAGCGAGUACUCUCUACCAAACGCGACCAGGUGGCUAUCAGCUGGAGAUUCCCCUGCCCCUCGGGAUGGUGGUAAAUGCGGUAUUCAAGAACCAGAACUGGCUGUAUGUGCAAACGCCCCACGCGGAGGAGGGCUAUGUGGGCUAUGCCUGCUGCCUGCCGCUGGGAAUCCUCCCGCAGCAGGCGAGAGCGGGUUCGAGGAACACCCCCUGCUGGGAGUCCAAUGCGGAUGUCUUCCCGCGUCCCUGUGGCAAUAUGACGGAUUCGGAAAAGGAGAUUAGGUUAAGAGGAGGCACUCGAUCCGAUGGCGCCCGCACUCCACGCAGCAGCAGCUCCAAACCCGCUGAGGAUCUGAAGAUCAGCAGCACCACCAUAAACAACAAUAACCACCAGAGCAACAACAAUAACCAAACAAAGGGGGGUAGCACCACUAGCUCCUUGUACGGAGAACAGCAGGUGGAUAAGCUGUAUCUUCGGGCUGCCUCCAAGCCGCGUCUGGUGGAGAAGGCCUAUGCCCAGUUGCGCUCCACCCGGCAGGUGGCUUCCGUGGGUUCCGCCUCCGCCAAAAGUGGAGGCGCCUCCCAGGAUGAGUACGUGACCCUGCAGCAAAAGUCAGCAAUGGGCAAGCAUCUCCACCAGUCACAGCCAGCAGCUGCGCGGCGUCUGUCCAAUGUAUCCUAUAUAACCAAUGGCCAGAAUGGCCAGCAUCUGCAUCCAACCAAGAUGGUGGUUCCCCUGCCACCCUACGAGCACAAGCCCGCCAAGAACCAGGCGGAAGCGGAUGCCACGCUGAAGGCACUGCGCCGCCAGCAGGAGGUGGGCCAGCGGCAAACUCUAGUCGCCAUCAACACGGACUACAUCACGGAGAGCAUUGCGGUGCACAAGGGCGAGAUUGUGACGCUGUGCGAGUGCCGCGAGUCCAAGGAUCAGAGGCAGUGGUUCUAUGUGCGGACAAGGGAUGGACGAGAAGGCUUUAUCCCAGCCGAGGUGGCCGGACAUGGCUAUCUGUAGAUCCUAAA